UCGGCAAGGCAGUUACUGUUGCUCCGUUUUCGGUGCGAGGACAAGUUUCUUGCGUUGUUGUUUGGAUUGUUUAUGUACACCUUUCCGAUGAGAAACUGAACGCCACCGUUUCGAAUGUCCCUCUCGUUUCUUUGCUGGCUAUCUUCUUCCGCUACAAUUGAAACGCGACGCAACCUAUCUGCACCGUUUCGACGAACUUAGCGAAUUCUCCUUGGGUUUCUCUGAAAACCGCAUGUAGCCCCAGAACGAAUGGAGCGACCCAGAAGUAGAGUAUUGGCUAUCACUGCCAUAACCAGCUUCACCGAGGGCAGGGAUGAAGAUGAUGAGCUCUUGGUGGUGGAGCAGCUGGUGUUUAUGGAGCAAUUAGGGCUAAAACUGGUGCUCCUGCUUUAAAUGUUUUGGUCAUUGAGAAAGGGAAAUUUCAUUCAGAGGUGAAGAUUUCCGGUGGUGGACGGUGCAAUGUGACCAAUGGGCAUUUCAAUGACAAUGCGAGAUUGGCAGAGAAUUACCCUCGAGGUAAUAAAGAGCUCAGAGGUUCUUUCUUCAACACACAUGGUCCUGCUGACACCAUGUCGUGGUUUUCUGAGCAUGGAGUUCCCCUGAAACAGGAUUUGCAUGAUUACUUUGAUGGGCUUGAUCUUGCUAUCAUAAUCUGGCUAAAACAGGAUUUGCCGUUGGUUUUGCUCGAACGGUUAGAUUCUCUAAAGUCCAAGCCGAGCUCAAAUUAGAAGUUGCACGCUCGAAUGUGUCUAGCCUCACGCAUGCAUGUUGGUCCGAUGCUAAUUACGCCUUGGGGACUGAGUGGACCUGUUAUUCUUCGUCUCUCUGCGUGGGGGGCCGAUAUCUCUUCAAUGCAGAUUACAAAGGUUGAUACUAUUUGGCUGCAGGGCUGCUUAUUGUGGACUUCAUACCCGAUUUCAACGUGGAAGAUGUGAAAUCCGUUAUCCGCCAACACAAGCAGCAGUUUCCAGUAACAGCCGACACUUUUGUUGCCUCUUUCUUUAAACUUAUCAUAUGCCCCUGCACCAUGUUGUAAUUUUUAGAGUAAAUGAAUGAGGUUUAAUAAUAAUCUCUCAAGAGAUUCAUAGUUAUAUGUAUUACGGAUAUGGUGGAGUUAAAUAUCCGUAAAUGAUAUAAUAUGGAUCGGUAAAACACAUAUGUGUUUGGCAGUAAAGUUGAUCGGCUCGUGAGUGAGAUAUACCUCAAUCCGAGUGAAGUAGAACUCAGUCUACAUGACUAAAACGGAUUUUCUUUUACAGAAAUGUAACGCGGUCCGUGUUAAACUUGACACGGCCCGUGUUACUUUUCUGAAUAAAAAACUCGUUUUGCAUAGAAAUCUGACACGGUCCGUAUUGGAAUAACUCGGUCCGCGUCAGUAGUACCUCAGUCCGAGUCAGUUGUAAGUCGGACCGAGUCACAAGUCUGUGAGAAAUUCGUGUUUUAAUCAGAAAGUUAACUCGCCCGAGUCAGAAGUAACUCGGACCGUGUCAGAAGUAACUCGGCCCGAGUCAGAAGUAACUCGGACCGUGUCAGUUUGUAGAAACACGAACUGAUGCGAUUCUUCGCGUGAAAACUGCAGAUUUUGCAACUUUUGGUGAUGUUCUUUGGUGUUUAUAUACUAAAGACGUCAGAAUAAGUUUGGUACGAAUUAAAUUCCAAAUUUGAGAGAUUUUGAGAGCACUUUCGAAAGUUUCUUGCAAAAACUCUCCCGAAAGCUUUUGUUCAUCUUCGUUUUCACAUUUCCUUGUGUGUGCGUUCUUGAACGAGCAAUUCUAGAACGUAUUUCUCUUCAUUGUAUCUCAGAAUCGUAUUCUGGUAGUCCUUGCUCGUAACGGACGGAAUAACGGUUUUAGGAAAGUGUCUACACGUCUUGAAGAGAUAUCCGAUCCCUCGGUUUCGAUUUCAUUCUCGUUUUUCCGUUGUUUUUCCUCCAGUUUACUAACACACCAUGGAGUCGAUUGAUUCAACUCCUUCGUACCUUUUGCAUUAUAUCGAAUUCUGACUGUAGAGAAUGGCAGAGAAUUACCCUCGAGGUACUAAAGAGCUCAGAGGUUCUUUCUUCAACACACAUGGUCCAGCUUAUACCAUGUCCUGGUUUUCUGAGCAUGGAGUCCCCCUGAAGAUUGAAGAAGACGGGAGAGUAUUUCCCAUGAGCGAUAAUUCAUCUUCCAUAGUCGAUUGCCUCUUGUCUGAAGCAAGGGUUAGGGGAGUUAGCCUGGAGAGUGGAAAAGCUGUAUCAGCUGCCUCCGUUAGAGAUGACGGAAAGUUCCUUCUCAAAGUUUUGAAUCGUGGAGCUGAUGCUCCUGAAUACGUUGAAACGACCUAUCUUCUUGUUGCUACUGGAAGUAGCCAGCAGGGUUACUCUUUGGCUGCUCACCUUGGUCAUUCCAUCGUAGACCCUGUGCCGAGCUUAUUCACUUUCAAAGUCAAUGACCCCCUUUUGGCUGAACUAGAAGGGGUUAGUUUCUCUAAAGUCCAAGCCAAGCUCAAAUUAGAAGUUGCAGGCUCGAAUGUGCCGAGCCUCACGCAGGUCGGUCCGAUGCUAAUUACGCAUUGGGGACUUAGUGGACCUGUUAUUCUUUGUCUGUCCGCGUGGGGGGCCCGAUAUCUCUUCAGUGCAGAUUACAAAGGGCUGCUUAUUGUGGACUUCAUACCCGAUUUCAACAUGGAAGAUGUGAAAUCCGUUAUCCGUCAACACAAGCAGCGGUUUCCAAAGCAAAAGGUUUGCAACUCAUAUCCUCCACAGUUGGGUCUGGUGAAGAGGUUCUGGAGAUAUGUACUAUCUCGAGAGGUUUCAACGAGAUUUUCUCGAAUUUGGGCAGCGUUGUCAAAUAACUCGUCGAGCUCCAUUUCGCGGCUGCUAAAACAUUGUGCAUUUAAAGUCACUGGAAAGGGUCAAUACAAAGAUGAGUUUGUAACAGCUGGGGGAGUACCGUUGCCCGAGAUCUCUUUGAAGACGAUGGAGAGCAAGUUGGUUCCCAACCUUUUCUUUGCAGGAGAGGUACUAAACAUAGAUGGAGUAACUGGGGGCUUCAAUUUCCAGAAUGCUUGGUCCGGUGGAUAUAUUGCUGGAACCCGCAUAGGUGAGUUAGCGACGACCAGCAAUGUUUUCGUGGGGUGAAAUUUUCACAUGUGGAUGUAAUUGUAAUUGUAUGCCACAUUUUCAUUUAAUUCAGCGUUGAAUAAUAUAAGUUUAUAACAAACAUAAAUGGAUAUUUAAUAA